AUGUCCAACUUCUCUGUCCGAGACAUCCCCGCGCUGCUCGAACCAUACCUUCCGCCGGCUCUCCAGGUGUACCUGACCCGACAGAACCUGCAAACUCUCCUGCGCGUCAUCGUCGCCAUCUCGACGUACAUCCUGUUCCGGCCGCAACUGGAGUCUCUGUUCCGCAAGAUGACGGGGACGCCGGACAGGAGGGAGGAGGAGGCCCGCGCGCGGAUGGAGUAUAUUCGGCUGCAGCAGGAGCGGCAGCAGGCUGCGGCUGGACUGGGCAAGAGUGUGGGGAUCAUCGGGAAGGAUGGGAAGAUAUAUCAGGUUGUGCCGCCGCCGCAGUCACGGCAGCAGCAGCAGCAGGGAACGGGAGGGAAGAAUGGGAAAGGUGGCAAGAAGAAGGAUGGCAGGAAGAAGGCGUGA